CUAUUUUUAGGCAACACCACUUUCCAAAAACAGCUGCUGGAAACCUGAAACACAAAAAUCUCUUGCAGUUUUGAGUGCAGACCACAAACCCUUUUUUGUCUUGUCACCAGUUACCCUUCCUUAUAAAUCUCCACUCCCAAGAGUAAUGGGGAGAGGGAAGAUAGUGAUACGGAGGAUCGACAACUCUACGAGCAGGCAAGUGACGUUCUCAAAGAGGAGGAAUGGAUUGUUGAAGAAGGCUAAGGAGUUGGGCAUCCUCUGUGAUUCUGAGGUUGGAGUCAUCAUCUUCUCCAGCACUGGCAAACUCUAUGAUUUUGCUACCUCCAGUAUGAAGUCAGUCAUUGAACGAUACAAUAAAGCAAAAGAAGGCCCUCACCAGAUGGCAAAUUCGACUUCUGAAGCCAAGUAUUGGCAAAGGGAAGCAGCCAUGCUGAGGCAACAAUUACAGAGCUUGCAAGAGAAUCAUCGGCAUUUAAUGGGUGAGGAGCUUUCUGGUUUGAAUGUCAGAGACCUACAGAACCUGGAGAAACAACUAGAAAUGAGUCUACGGGGUGUUCGUAUGAGGAAGGACCAGGUCUGCAUUGAUGAUAUACAGGAAUUGAAUCGAAAGGUAAACCUGAUCCGCCAAGAAAAUGUGGAACUGCAUAAGAAGGCAAACCUAAUUAAUCAAGAAAAUACAGAGUUGUAUAAGGCUUAUGGAAAACGGGAUGCGACAAGAGCAGAUAGUACAUCACUAAUUACUAAUAGUUUAAGCAUCAGCGACGACCCACAUGCACCUACCCGUCUCCAGCUUUGCCAACCACAGCAAGAGAAUUAUGAAACACUGUCAGGAGCUACAAAACUGGGCAGACUACAACUGGAAUAGCAAAGAGAUUCCUAAGCUUCAAGGAUGCCACCUAUAUCUACUGAGAAAGGACCCAUAGUUGCAAAUCUGGUGUAAAUCUGUUGAAAGUGGUAAGAACCACAUGCUAUCAGUAAGUAAAAACAUGAGUACAAGAAGCUCCCGUAUAUGUCAAAUUCAGAAGACUUUAAAGAAAGAUGUAGUCUACAAAUUAUUCACAAGAAGAAAUAAUUGAAUG